GCAGGGGAGGUGGGACCUGCCCCGGCGUCCAAUGGCGCGUAACGGGCGGGGCGGGGCGCGCACCUGCAGGGUCACUAGUCAAGAGUCCAGGGCCAGGGCCAGCCGAGAACUUGGGAGCCGGAGCCCAGCUGCCUAAAAUGCUGAGCGCCUCCCCGAGCCUCCAGAAUGGCACAGAGUCCUUCUUUCUGCUCUUGGCUCUUGGCGUUGUCUUCUACUUGGGUUACUACUGGGCCUGUGUGCCCCAGAGGCCUCAACUGGUAACAGGGUCCCAGUUUCUGGCCUUCCUGGAGCAACACUGUCCAGUCACUGUUGAGACUUUCUACCCUACGCUGUGGUGUAUUGAGGGGCGGCUACAAACCAUAUUUCGAGUCUUACUGCAAUCUCAGCCUCUCGUCUCUUACUGGAGUGAAUUCAUCCAAACCCCAGAUGGAGGACAGCUCCUGCUAGACUGGGCUGGCCUACCCGACAGCUGUCUCUUCCCUGACCCAACCACCCGGCCCGUUAUAUUACUGCUGCCUGGCAUCACCGGCAGCAGCCAGGAAAAAUACAUGUUGCAUCUAGUUAACCAAGCUGUAAAGGAUGGCUACAGGGCUGUUGUAUUUAAUAACCGAGGCUGCCGUGGGGAAGAACUGUUGACCCACAGGACUUUCUGUGCCAGCAAUACUGAAGAUCUGGAGACAGUUGUGAGCCACAUAAAGCACCGCUACUCCCAUGCUCCUCUGAUGGCCGUGGGCAUCUCUUUGGGAGGGAUACUAGUGCUGAACCACCUGGCACGAAAGGGACAGGCCUCAGGGCUGGUGGCAGCACUGACUCUAUCUGCAUGCUGGGAUUCCUUUGAAACCACCCGCUCCCUGGAGACCCCACUCAACUCAUUACUCUUUAAUCAGCGCCUCACUGCUGCACUCUGUCGUGUUGUGGACAGAAACAGAAAAGUGAUAGAAAAGGUGGUCAAUGUAGACUCGGUGCUUCAGGCCCGCACAAUCCGCGAGUUUGAUGAGCGCUACACAGCUGUGGUCUUUGGGUACGAAGACUGUGCGAGCUACUACCAAGCAGCCAGCCCAAGAACCAAAGUAGACGCCAUCCAGAUCCCUGUGCUCUGCCUCAAUGCAGCUGAUGACCCCUUUUCCCCAGUGCAUGCUCUUCCUCUGCAGGCCGCCCGAAACUCUCCCUACGUGGCGCUGCUCAUCACAGCCCAGGGUGGCCACAUCGGCUUCCUGGAAGGGCUGCUCCCCUGGCAGCACUGCUACAUGAACCGCCUCUUCCACCAGUUUGCCAAAGCCAUCUUCCAGCACCCUGUGGAGCUGCUCGACCUUGGGGCCGCCUCCCCUGCCGAGGGAGGCAAGUGCUGACAAGAGUACCAUUUGGGGUCUUGGUUCAGUCUUCCCAGUUUAUUAAAUACCAACAUUUCCUGCCAAAAGGACCGAGGGUUCAUUUUCCCUUUCCUCAAGGCCAGGGUAGACCAUCCAGGAACUAACAACAUAUUUAGCCCGGCUGGUUUGGAGCCACCCAGAUGAAUCCACAGACUACUACCUGGGUCUUUCUUUUGCCCGGCACAUGCCCCAGCAAAUGCCAAGGGCUCACAUGAAGGGCAACUGGCCACGGCUUAAGGGGGGGAAGUUCUAGAAACUGCAGGACAGCAGUGCCUCUGGACUCCUGGACAUCUUCACAUAUUUCUGGACAAGGGAUAAUCUCACGUCUGGAGUCUCUAGCAGGGAGAGGGAGGAGGCAGGUGGUGUGGCCCAGGCUUUAGACACCAUUCCUGGGUGGAUCCACAGAUGAUGAAUGCCUGGUUCCAGAAGUCAAAGUUGCGCAGGGCCACAACCAAGUUUUAUCCGGAAAGGGCUGGCAGUGCCUGCCACCCUCAGCCGAGACAACUUCAACUGUGGAGCCAAGUGGAGUAAUGGGGUCCAGCCUCCACUCUGGUGUAGGACUCCUGGAACUGGGAGGCUAAAGGAAACCCGGCAAGGCACUCUGGAGCAGCAGGAUGGUCAUGACAAUAAGCCCGACACAGAGCAGCAGCAGCAGCCACACAGGAACACUCCCUGCAGGACGGGCAAGAAGCAGUCAGAGGGCAAAGGGCCUUCACAGCCUCAAGAACAGCGCCCUCAACCUACUCAAGGAGGGGCAACGGGCUAUAGACAAGCAAGCCCCUUUUCCAGGGAGCAAGUUUCUUCUACAGCUAAAAGAUGGGUGUUCCCCACCCCCCGCCCCAGCCAUGUCCCACCCUAGUGACUCACGCCGUGAGGGCAGUAGGUGCAGUUGGCAACGACUAUCCACAGCCACAGAAAACAAGGCAGUUUCAUGGGACCCCAGGAGCUCUGGACCACGACCCUUUUUCUCAGGCAGAAAGGCCACAUCUGUCACCACGAUGCCAUGGGCCUCCCUGACGUAGUAGAGGCGCUGGGGAUAGAACAGUGAGGAAUAUUCCUUACGGAAAACAUUCCAGUUGGGAAUAUUCCUUACGGAAAACACACCCCUGCCGCCUGCCCCUGGCCUACCCUCUACAGGCUGGGCCAGCCUUCUUGCACAGUCGGGCCGAGGCAGGGCUAGAGCUCCCACCCCAAACAGCCCUCAGGACUGUGAUCACCUCUACCCAUUACCUGGAGAGAGAAAGCUAUGUAGAUGGCAACAGAGCCAGUGACCGUGCCCAGGCCUAGGAAGGUACCCGAUUCACUGCAACAAACAAUAAAGCGCUCAUUGUCUUGGAGGCCCAUGCAGGAACCGUCAUUCACCAGC